AUCCAAGAGCAUUGCUUGUUUCUUACUCUUUCACCUCAUUUUAUUGUACAGAUUUGUCUUAUCAUUACACUUUGUGUUCAUUUUGUAAUAUUGUUCUCUCAGAACAGUAGGCUGUGGUUGAUUUGAUAAUGGUGGAAGCUCAGCUAUCAGCUCAACUUCUCAGGGGUUUGUUCCUUUAAUCCUGAUUGCCUCCACUCAAUAUAUCCAAACAUGUCUUCAGCAAUCUUAUCUCAGUUCCAUUCCACCUCAGUAAUUUUUAAUUUUUCCCUAAGAUUUGAUGUUGCAACAAGUAUGCCUAGUGUUAGAAUAUCGCCUUCCAUCUUGUCGCUAAGCUGUGAUUCCUCCUAAUAUCAUCACGGCUUCUCAGUGUGUGUGUGUAAUGCACCAACCCCCGAUGCAACACGGAGGUGCUCUUUUUAACGCAACUCCGAACUUUUACCCGCGACCGCCAGCACCUCCGCGCCCUGCUUGUAGACCUCUGCAUCCAUUCACUAAUGUAAGUGCCGUAAGCAGUGCCUCUGAGCCUUUUAAUUGUACAGGAGGGACGAGCGGCCCGCGGCCCGGCUCUAACUACGGCGGAGGGAGCGGAAACCCGUUGAACAGCGGAAGUUUGCACUCGUUGAAGGCGGGCGGGGGCGGUGCUCGCGCUCCUCUCGUCCCGACGCCGACGCCAGCGACGCCGCCGACGCCCGGAGCCGGAGCGGGAGUGGCAGUGGCAGUGGCAGCGGGCAUGCCUGCUAAUUUCGCGGCCGGCGCUCCUCUUCCAUCGGCCACCGCAUCGGCAGCCCCACCCUAUCGGCACACCACCUCCUGGCCCAGCUCCGUCUCCGUCUCGCAGGCCCCGGCUCAGAUCAGAUACCCGACCUCCACCAUGGCUCCCUACACCGCCCCCUACAACUCUCAACCCAACUCGCGAGUUUCAACGGCUGGUUCACCCGCUGACUCAAGCUCAAGUUCUCACACAGGUUCUCAACCUGGGAAUCUAAACAUGCACCAGCAGCAACAACAACAACAGCAGACAAGUAAUGGUGAUGGACAACAGUUGUCACAGACAAAUCUCUACAUACGUGGUCUCACUCAAAACACUACUGAUAAGGACCUUGUUAAUAUGUGCUCUCCGUUUGGGCCAAUCAUAUCAACAAAAGCUAUUUUAGAUAAAAAUACUAAUAAGUGUAAAGGUUAUGGUUUUGUUGAUUUUGAAUCAAAGUCUUGUGCAGAAGCGGCCGUAAAAGCCUUACAAGCCAAGGGCAUUCAAGCGCAGAUGGCCAAAGUGGGUAUCCCGUUACCUCGUAGAGCGACCGCUCAACAAGAGCAAGACCCGACAAAUCUAUACAUAGCCAAUUUGCCUCUAAAUUUCAAAGAAAACGAUUUAGAAAACAUGUUAGCGAAAUAUGGUCAAGUUAUAUCGACAAGGAUUUUGAGAGAUCCCAACAAUGUUAGCAAAGGUGUUGGUUUUGCAAGGUUGGAGUCCAAAGAAAAGUGUGAAGACAUCAUACAAAUGUUCAACGCAACUACCAUACCUGGUUCCAAAGAGCCUUUACUCGUCAAAUUUGCUGACGGUGGUCAGAAAAAACGUAGUCCUUACAGGAAUGAUACUCGAAUGUGGAGAGACUCUGAAGGCGGUCAUCUAAAUUAUGAUGGUACAACUCUGGGUCAGAAUGGAGUAGCCGCAACUCCAGUCAUGCCAACGCUAGCUCAGUACGGGCGCUAUACACAACCAAUUCCUGGUUAUACAUCUUUAUCGUCACCAUGGAUUCAUCCCCAGUAUACUGUUGUCCAGCCCUCUCAUAUUGCUCAGGUUGAUAUGAUGCCCCAAACUGAUCCCGGUGCAGUACCAUAUAGUUCUAUGAUACCACAAUUGACAACUCACAUGUCAGCCCUUCAACUUAGCACCACUGGCUCUUACAUAACAACAGGGCCGCCUGCCUAUCCCUAUUUUGCUGGUCCUGCAGGGCCGUCCAUUCUCCAUGCUGCAAUGGUGCCCGGCGAUAGUGGAGACCAUGCUUCUACUGCUGCGUCACCUGAUGACAACUAUUCUUCGUCGUACCAACAUAAGUGAGAUCAUGUGGGGCUCUGAUUUUGAUCUGUGGUCGUUGAUUAUUCUGGGAGCAAGGUUUGAGCCAUAAACGAUUGGAUAGAAUCAUCACGCAAUGAUGUCUCGUAAAAAGGUUUAUUUUUCUUUCUUUCUGAGAAAUUGAGUUCUCAACUUAACUCUGCUUCCACAAGUAUUAUUUGUAAUUUUCUCGAGACUCAAUUUGUUGACCUUAAUUCGUACUAUUGUCAGAUUUUCUAUAAGAACAUUCUCUCCAAGUGAUAAUUUCGCUAACUUAUUUUCUAUUCUUAGUAUUUCAAAUAUCUCUCAGUUUAAUUCUACUCCUUCCUUUUUCCGUCACGUAUUCCUUUUAUUUCCAAAAGUUCUUUCACAUUGAAAGAGAAGUCAGAGUAUGAGUGUGGAAGUUUUAAUGUAGAAAUUGAAAUUUCUACGUAUGUACAGACCGCUGGUAUUAUUUAUGAAAAUUCUGUCUUUUCGAUAGGAGAUAACGUUAUAGACUUUAGCAAAUUUUAUUACUUGAUUACUGAAAAUUUUGCGGUCAACAAUUAAGUUUAAGUUUUGUUUAAGUUAGGUGUAAUUUGAUGACCUAAUCUCAGUCUCCUUUCCCGAAUCCUUGUUUAGCAUGUCUUAUAUUCCAACCAACGAAUUUCACAACUCACUCAAGUUCCCAAGCGUGUGCUGUGCAUGUGUCUCGUCCUUUUUCCUUGCAAAAUGCAUUCACUCGCAGUUACUUUUUUUAUAUUUUUCUUCUCAACUUCUCUUUUGUAACCAUUAUCUAAAUUUUUUAUUGUUUCAUUAUGAUGAAAGAACCUUUAUGAUAUUUGUUGAGUAUGAGCCUCCUCACUGUUUUUUGGAAGGUUAUUCCCAGAAUUUGAACUAGUCCUCGUGAAUUUUUUCUCUUUUUUUUUCAAAAUUAAGCAAUUACAGUACAUUUUGUAUUUUUAUCUUGUAAUUUGUGACACCUGAUCGAAGCUGCAGGCCGGUUGAGCUAUUCAGAUUCAAUGUUUGUCUUGUGCAUGUCUUGUUAAUCCUAAUUUCACUCAUGUGUCCUUAUUGUUUCUAAGAUACUUUCAGUGUCCUAAAGUGAAAUCCAAAUGUCUCCCAAAAGUCUUUUGCUUUAGGCAGCACAGUUAAACAUGUUUUGUAGUCUUUCACUCAGGUUCACUCUCCAAGUGAAGCUUCUUUGACUUUCCAAAACUAAAGAGUUUUACCAUCCUUUGUUUUUUUACUACAAUUCAGAAUAAAUACAAAACUUUCGUCAAGUUGCUUCUGUGUUCCUUUAAUGAAAGUUCAGACUUAGAAAUUCUACCUUCCUCUUGAACAUGACAUAUCUUCCAACACUUAAUUUGAGCACAGAAAACUCAUCAAAUCUUUCCCUUUAUCCUCCACUCCAACCGUCAUCUUACUUACAUUGCAAGCUGUCAAUGGAUCUUUGUUCAAAACCUCUUUACUUACAUCUUACCUUCUUCAUUUUUAAAUGAAUCAAUUUUAUCAGCCGCAAUCUCCUUUUUUUCUGAACCUCACUGUGUAUCCCUUUUAAAACUCAUUAAUUUCCCCACGAGUGGAAGAAAAUUAAGAAAGGAGCUUUAAAAAAAUUUGAAGAAGUCUCUGGCAUGAAUUCGGAAGGUACCUUGUGGUUAUACAAUUAUGAAUCCAUACAAAACUAUAGCCUGCGUUUUGGCAUCCAUGUAACCUUGCCUUGCAAAGGAUUGUUUUUGAAAGGUACAUCUGAGCAACAUCUGCCUCUGACAAACAGCAUCUGAGACGAAAUGAGUUUGGAUGCGAAGAUAUCUCAACCGCUAGAACCUGCAUCGCCUCUAGGCAGAGAUCUGAGUUUCAGUAACCAUCCUUACUCCAUUUUCCUCCUUAAAAAACUGGGAACCUUACACACCUACAUUCAUGAGUAAUAUCACAUCUGGAGGUCAAAAGUGUUCAGAGAUUUUUGUGAAGAUUUUAUGCAAAGACGAGAAGUGGCGUCCUUAAGUUUACUCAGACUUUUUCUGCUUAUCAAUUAAAAUCUCAUUUUCCCCUUCAAUGGAAUUGUGUACAGGCAACAGCAGCCUCCUUUGAACAAAAUAUUUUGAGUGUCAAUCAAGAGCUAAUUCUAGUAGAGUAAUAUGAUAUGGCCUAAGUGAAUUUUGAGCAAUCAGUAAUAACUAAAAUAUGAAAGUUAUGUUUAGGAUUCCCUUUUCCUUAUCUCAUUUAUGAUAGGCGGAACGUCAAAUUGGACAUUAAUUUUGACAUUCGUAGUUUUGGAAUUUUAGGUAAUAUUCCAAGGAAUAUUCCACGGUACUUAUGAUGACUUCCGCUUUUUUCUGAUGUGUCUCGGAACUAGCUUUCUGCAGGCCUUCUCUAUUUUUGCCUUAAUAUUUAAGUUACAUGGAUGUUUAGAACAACAUCUGCUCAAAGAUUUUUAGGCCUUGUCCUGGAUUAGCCUGGUAGUCAUCCAUCUAAUCAUAAUUUUACCAUACUUUAAGUGCUUGGUGUAGGAACCGUAUUUCUUAGUUGCAGUUUGUCAGAAUCUCUGUCGCUAUUCAAUUUCUUAAGAUCAUUAUGUAAGUAUAAAAAAUAAUGGGUAAAGGCCUGGAAGAUACACAUAAUUCUGCAUUGUUUUUGAAUGAUUGUCAUAUUAGUGGAGAUUCUGGAAGAACACAGCUGAGAACUGCCCUUCCCCUACAUCCAGCAUCUCAAUUACGUAAUUUUCAAAAUGUUGACCUGGAGUUGUUGACGCUAUUCAUCCAAUGCUGUCGAUUUCCUCAUUUCGGUUUCACGCUCUCAUACAACAACUUUACUUUUUGAUCAGUCUUCCAAGGUGGGAGCAAAACUGGGGCUUUGCUUACCUUUGUGAGUUUACAUCGAAUCAUUCUAGCGCUUUAACUUUCUAGCAUCCUUGAAAUUCAUUUUGCAAUUAUCAGUUCAUCUUCACCAAAAUUGGAGUCAGUUUUUCUACUGCAGAGCUCUCUUGGAAGGCGAGGUUUUUGAAUUCUAUUUGUAGCCACCAGAAAUUACAAGGAAGAUAGACCUAAAGCGUGGAGAAUUGAUUAAGGUCAACAGCGAAACAUUUUUUACAGUAAGAACUUCUUUGAUUCAACAAAAUAUGACCAUAUUCUCUUCAACAAUAGUGCCGUAAUUAAUUGAGUUCAUUAAAUGGUUUUCCAGCUGAAAGUGUCUGAUGCUUUCUGCCUUCAAAUUUUUGCUUAAGCAGAAGCACCCAAUUUCCAUGAGCUUGCUUAAACAUAAAUCUGGGAGGUUAAAUGAAGAAUCUAGGAUCUCUAAUAUCAGUAAAUUUCAUAGAAAUUUACUCUGCCAUAAAAGCAGAAUACAGAAAACUUGAGAAUUUCUAGAGAAAAGAAACUAUGUUUAAGAACAGCGAACAUACUGUGUUAUUAGCUCCAUUGCCUGGCUUCCACUAUUAAGAGGGAAUCCAGGCAAGCGCAUUUCAGUAUGAAAUUUUGCAAGUUCCUCUUCCCAUUUGUAUUUAAUUCAAGGUAACCGUUUGAUAUCUCACCACGAAAUUUGAAUUUAUAUUUCUCUCUACAGUGUGGUUUCAAGUUCAUGGAAUUUUGUUCAAAAACAGCAUAAGUUUAAAGGAAAAUUUCGGCAAAAUUUCAGAGGCAUGUCACCUCAGGAACCCUGACCUUAAAAGUUUGUAUGAGUUUAAGUUUCCUCCGACAGCAGGCUAAUUUUGCACCAAGUGCCGGUAAAAAUGUUUCAGAAUGCUCUAGGAAUAACUUGACGUUUGUUAAGUAGUAUUUCCCCUCUGAAGGAAGUAAGAAAAAACAAAACUUAGGAUAUGAGGGCUCUUUAAGGUCUGGUAUGUUAUGGAUCCCUCUCGUUCUCGCCUUAAUUUUUCCAUUAAAUCUCUGCCACAAAACCCAUGAAGUACACACAAUUUACAAAUCGAGUUUUUUGAAUAGUAACUUUAAAAAAAAGAAAAUAUCACUGUAACUCACAUGAGACGACAUUGGUGUCAAUGAUUAUGGCUGAUGGACUGUGUGUAUGAGGGCUCAUUGCGUAGUGCAUUUUGUUUUUCUAAUUUUGUCACGUACAAAGUGCUCCUUCUUUAUGAAGUAUAUAAGAUUUUGGUUAGUGUUCAAUUUAAGCCCCCUCCCUCAGUUUUGUGAAAGAGGCUCUAAUUCCAUCUCCUGAGAGCAACAUAUUACUAAUGAACACCCUUACCCUUCAUCAGUUGCAAAUGUUAUCAAAGAAUGGAGAGGGUCCAACCUCCUUAGUCUGACCUAAGCGAUCAGUUAACAAACUUUUCUGCAAAUUCAAUUACUUAAUUUCCUUUCAUCCUUUUAUAUGCCUUAUUCCAUAGGAACCUACUUGUGGCAAAACAUCAAGCAAAUACAGUGCCAGCAAAAAGCAUGGCUUGUUUUUGAUUUUCUUAAUUUUUCUUAAUGGAGUGCAAUUGAACUUAGGUUUACUUAGGUUGAACUUAGGUUUGUAAUUGAAUGUAGGUCCUGCUCUUGGCCGACAAAAAGUCAAAAUCCAAGUUGUAAUAUGCCACAAUUUUUUGUUUUUUUCCAGCCUGUAUGUCAAUCUCCUACUAAAGCACUGAGUUUACAUGAUGAACAAAUAGAAACGUUAAGUUCUUAAUCCUGAAGUGGACGUAUUUGUGUCAAAAGGAGCUAUGCCCAUAGGGUUCGGGUGCAACAUAGUUUCUUUUUCCAUAAAUACAUCCAAAUGAGAGUUGAAUUUGGCUGAAUACUUGUUGAAUUUUUCUGCAUAUGUGUGUAAGCAUUUCUAGUGCUACCUUAUUGUUAUCAUUGAACUUGAAAGUGUUCUCCUCUCUGUAUAUAGUAUGCAAUUGUCUUUACAAACAAGUUGUGAUAUUAGUACAUUGUGUACUCUUAGCGUUUUGCAUACCUCUACAAUUAUAGGGUUUUUAUACGAAAAUUCCUUUUUAUUCAUUUAUGAACUAGAACAUUCAAAAUAUUCGCAGGAUUUAAUUGCAUGUGUAAAUAAGAACAUUGUAAAUUCGUGUGUAAAGUUUUUCAGGCAUGUGUUUGUAUGAAACUGUAGCCAAACUCCUAAACUGACUGAAAAAUAAUCCAAUCACACAUGUGGAUGAUUCGUUGCCUCUUUUCUUUUUUUUUUCUUCCUUUUUCAAAAGAAUUCCAGUUUUCUCCCUCCCUUAGUUGUAUUGCGCUUGUCAACUUAAUUUUCUAAUUGUAAAAUACGAAGAGGAUGAAAUAGAGAUCCUUCUGAAAAGUUGAACAGUCAAUACAAAACAUUUAACUUGAUAAAAAAUGUGAACUUGAAUAAUCACCUGGAUAAGUUUCUUUUUUGCCGUGUUAGCCUCCCAAAAUUUAGUUUCUCCAAGGAGGCUAUGGAGAAUUUUACUACACAAUCUUGAAUCUUCUGAAAAUGUCGAAAAUGAUAGUUAAAGGAGAAAUGUUUAAAUGCUAAAAAUAGUUUUAAUGUUGAUUACUGUGCAAGUUUGAAAACCUUAAUAAUAAUAUUCGAAGAUGCCAGACUGUAUUGGUGCAUACUUAAAAAGGAUUCUGUGUAUCUAUCGGUUCACCUGACUUUACAAAAAAUGUUUUUUUAACUCACUCAUAUCUCUUCAUUUGUUGUGAACCAAAGAUGCAAUGUAGGCUGUGAUGUCAGCGCUGAAACAGGUCUCUAUGGACACAAUUUUAAGUUGAUCGACAGGAAGGGAGGGAUCAAGAGCCAGAAGAACAAUUUCUUUAAGGAACGCUUCUCCAAAGUUCUGUUUUACAAGAACUGACGACUGUAGAGUGAGCUCAACUUCAGUUUUAACUGCAUCCGAGCAGCAGUUCAAACCUGGUCUCACCGUGCUAAAGUUUAACGCAAAAAUGUAAAAACUUAACUUAAUCUAAAGGGUGGAGAAAUGUUAGGAAGGAAUCAUCAAAGGCACUGUAUUGUGAGUCCCAAUGCUCUGUCGUUCUUUUAUCAAAGCAAUCUUAGGAAGUGAGAACAUGGUAUCCUGUCAACUCAGCGGGUGGCUCCAUUAGAUUAAUGCCAGAAAAUCAUAGACCAAAACUUUUAGUAAAUUUAACUAUGUAGCAUUACAGUUAAUAACAGCUUAGAACUGGAAUGAAAGAAAGUAUUUUCUCCUCCUCUCCUGGAUUCUUGUUCAACUGUUUUGAAUGUUAAAAACAAAGUCUCAGAUUUGUCUUGAAAAUGAUAGCUCUGUCCGAUGUGUGAUUGUAUUUCUAUUUUUGUUAUAAAAUUAGACGAGGAAAGUGACCAUGCAGUCCCAGAAGUUAUUUAUUUAUUUUCUUUUUAAGCGAAGAAGCACUGAAAAGCAAUUGCUAUCUUGGCAGUUUGCUGUAAUCUUUCCCAGUAGGAUUGUUUUUUUAGCCGAAUUUCCAUUAAAAUGGCAACUACUUGAAGCAACGAAAAUUAAAAAGCGCUAUGCAUAAGACCUCAUGGGAGCAACAUAUCUUAAUUAGGUAGGAAACUGUAACGGUUAUAAGAGUGUAAUUUUUUUUCCCCUUUGAAGUUUUACCACAAAAAAUCAUUGAAAAGUGACUAAUCUUGACUUUUGAGCUUUUGUCCAGGAGUUCACUCCUACUCCCCCAGGAGGUGUGAAGAGGAACAAUGCCGCUUAUCAAGAGUUCAGAGGUAAAACAUGAUUGAAUGUUGUACAUGAAUCUAUGUUGAGAAAUAGAAAAUGCGUUUUAACUAUGGAGCACGAAACAAUCGUUAUUUUAGAAAUCUGUUAAGAAAUAAUAGAAACCUUUCAAAUGAUUAGGAAGGUUUGUGUAUUCUCAUCCCAAAUUCCCUUUCCACUUUCAAACAAUCAACUUCAUCAUUUUUCAUGAUGAUUCUGCGUUAAGAGGGAUUUCCAAUGAUGAACAUAGCUUACCUGAGUAACAGAGCUAGAAAGAAAAUUGGAGGAAGACUCACUCGAUUUGAUGGAAGAAUCUUCCUAAAUAGAGCAACGUAACUAGGUAGCGAUACAACAUGAGCAUUCAGCCUCUCUAUUAAAAAGCCGUUUCAUUGAUCACAAAACCAGUCAUAGUGAUGCUACUCAAGAGGAAAUGAAGGAGCUCUAUAAUGUGUAACUAACGAGUAAUUGGGGUGAACAAAAAUACACUAAUGUGUUUAAGAAUUGGGGUCAACAAUAAUACAUGAAUAUUUUGAAAACAAAUCAUGUGCUUCCUCUCAUAUUUAUUAUCAUGCCAGUAAAAAUGUUGGAGAUUUUUUUCCAAACAUGACAGUCAUAGUGGACAAGGUAAUGAUGCUCUCAAGGCAAACGGUUAGGAUACAUCAGAAAACCUGCACUGAGAAACCGCAAGAAUACGUUUAUGAGACGCUAAUCUUAUUUUAAUCCUUCAUAAGCAGAAUAUAAGUGCAUUUGGGUAAUCUGUUUUAAUGAAUGUGAUGUGUUUAUAAUUAUCGUCUCACCGUAUUUUUCUUAAGUUUGUAAGACUGAGCUGCUUGUAGCAAUGACCUUUUUUUGUAUUCCACCAACCAUUCAAAUCUCUGGAUUGCAUCAGUGCACUAACUUCGUAACGAUAGGGAUCUUGUUUCAUCUCGGAUCCACCCACCCCCGAAAUCAAUGCGGUGUUUGCGCCAAAAUGAUCGGACGAAGUACUCUCCAUUUGUUCUUUACGAACUUUUGACAACCUUGCAAAUUUAUUUUUAAAUAAAAGUAACAAACCAAAGAAUAUUUUUAGGCAAGCAUUUAUGAGUUUCAAUUUCGUUUCCAGUAAAAGGUUUAUAUGUCAAUGGAAACAACAGUAUUUUUUGCUUUCCUUGAUCUUGAAUUUUCUUAGUGAGCCUAGUGCACAAUUUUUUCAUCAAAUGAUUAUAACAGGGAGAAGAAUCAUGGUACUAUGCGUUUAUUGCGAGUUAUUUACAUGCUUAGAAUGGUGGCAUGCUUACAUGCUGAAGGCCUUUUGGCCUCUCAAGGCCAUCUUCAGAGCAAUGUAGAACAAAUAUAAUAGAAAAAUAACUACGUACCAGUGUCUAACAGAUGAACGAAUAUUAACUACAUGAACAAAUAUUAACUACAUGGCAGAUGAAUGGUAUUAGCAAAACAAAGUGGCCAGUGCACAAUCAGGUGAUGUGAUAUUAGUGAUAACAGUGCUGCAGACUGUGGUUGACCAUAGAACUGUUAUCUCGUUGUCACUAAUAUCACACCACUUGAUUGUGCACUGGCCACUUUAAUUUGCUGAUACUGUUCAUAUGCCAUGUAGGUAGUUAAUAUUUGUUCAUGUAGUUAAUAUUCGUUCGUCUGUUUGACACCUAUAUGUAGUUUUAUUUUUCUAUUAUAUUUGUUCUAUAUUGCUCUGAAGAUGGCCCUUAUAGGCCGAAAGGGCCUUCAGCUUAUACGCAUGUAAAUAACUCGCAAUAAACGCAUAGUACUAUGACUCUUCACCCUGUUAUAAUCAUUUAACUAAGGCACUAUUCUUCCUCUCUACUCUAAAAUGUUUGAAUUUUUUCAUCCUGUCAUGAAAGUGCUAAAAUUAUCAUGGGUCAAUUCCGUCUUGAGCCGAAAGACCUCUACGAUCCCAGGUUGUUACCAAUACAAGAGGUGUGUGAACCUAAACCGGCUUUCUGUUUUAACAUUGUAGAGAUGUUGUCAGACAAUGUGACGGUUGUUUACUUUCUAUUUGCAAGAGGCUGCUUUGUAGUCGUCCAAUAGCCAUCCAGGAUUGACAAUCGAAAGUAGACAAAUACCACCUUAUCUGACAAAACCUCUAGGACACAAAUUAGGCAAUAACUAAGUUAAGUAUUUUGAGAUUAUUGUAUUGCCAGAUGAAGAAUAAGUUGACGACAAAGCUCAAAUUGUGUUUACCAGGAUUGAAGGGUAGCAGGCCUUGAUUUUCCUUGAUACCUGUAUUAGCAUAAUGGCUCUUUUGUCAAGAAUAAAUUUACAUCAUCAGUUAGUCAGCUGGCAUUCCCAUAUGACAUAGAAAAAUGUAAUAAAGUUACAGAAUUCCAAACAGGACAGUUAAUAACUUGCUUGGUAGCAAGAAAUAGGUACUCAGCAGUCCUUCUCAAGACAAAUAACCUAGUAGGCAGUCAAGAGAAGUCAUUACACAUCCAAUUAUCUCAAUGUAUUUACUAUCAUCAGGAACCAAAUGCACCCCAGCACAUUUUCUAAUUAGGCACGAGGUGAUUUGAUGAUUGUCUAACUUAGACCAACCAAUCCAAGCCAAAAUGCUCAGUUCACCCAUGGGUAUGUCAUUAGAGGAACUCCGGAUAAAGGAAUCCAAACACUAAAAUUUUAUGAACUUUACUGAGAUGUUUUCAUAGUUCAUAAGCUGACUUACAUUUGGACAGUGGUUAGCAGAGAAAAACCGUUUCCUUUAUAAUGAGUUCACAAUCGUACAACUUUUCGUUUUUCUGGAAAUAGCCCCAAAAUUUGAACAGUUUUUUAAUUUUCCUUCGAAAAAAAUUUAGUUUCACAUGAAACGAAUCCUGUAAGUUUCAUUAUUAUACAUUUAUUCAAGUUUCUUUACGGUGAAGAAGUUGCACGAUUUUGAAAACACUGCAGUGAACUCGGUUCCCUCUUGCUGAACACUGCCUAUUUGUGCUGAUCAUUGUGCCAUUGGCAUAAGAACUAGGUAAGCUGAAAAAUAAAUUGAUGAUAAUGAAUGUGAAGUAAUUAUUUUUACAGUCCUGACUCACUGACGCUGUAAUCUUGGCAAAAAAGAAACCCAAUUAGAAAGUUUUUUUUUUUUUUUUUUUUUUUUUUUUUUUUAAUUUGGGUCCUUAUGACAAAUAGUUUGAUUUGUACAUGGGAACUUCCAUUUAUCCUCUAGAUAUGAUUGGAAAUUCGGUUGAGGAAACAGUUCCGGCUAAAGAGUCCUAGAAAUUAACCUUCUGUUCUUAUAUCAUAACAAUGAAAGAACCUAGGUUAUUUUUUUAUGUGAAUUUGUACAUUUCUUAUAUAUUUUUAACAACUCCACCUGUGGUUGAGGUGUUAUCUAAGCUCUUUGUACAUUAUCUUAACUUCUUCACUUUCCUAUUUUCCUGUGUUUCUUAACCUAGAGGUUCCUUUUCUUCCUUUUUGAAAAUUCCUAUUCAUUUCCUCUCGUUCAUGUCAGUUUGUAAAGAACUCUAUAAUUGUACAUACACCUGUUUGUUGGGGGAAAAAAAAUAGUAAUUCCAAAUUACAGUCAGUAAUUCUUUUUUAUUCCCGAUUUUUACCCACCCUUCUUUUUUUUAAAAUCAACCGAUAGUUUGAUUCGUAGUUUGUAAGUAUCUAAUAGUUAGUUGUUAAGUCUAGGUUAAUUGUUUGAGGUUUAAAGAAAGCUAGCUAUCUUCCAAUUAGAAAGGAGAGAAAAAGGAGGAAAAAAAUGAGACUAGUUUCAAGAUUUUACUUUGUUUAGGUAAUGUUAAGUCGUAAAUAAUAAUUUAUUCGUAGAUGUAAGUUUUUACAAACUGAUUCAUUUGAAAUUAUUUUUUUAAAAUUGUAAAAGUUUGAGAUAACACAUUACUUACAACUUAUCAUGUGAUUGUAGAGUUGUAAAAUGACCCCAUCACUAGAAUUUAUUAGAUUAUUUUUUCAUUUCAUCUUUAUGGAGUGAGCAACUGACUGUGCUUCCGUUCAUUUUUUAAUGCACUAUAACAUUGAUUUUUAAUAUACUUAAAGAACAUCAGAUAUAAUGGACUCAUAGAAGCGUGUAUUUUUAUAAAAGUUUAAGUGAUUUGUUGCUCUUAUUUUUCCAGCCACAGCAACAGAAUCUCCUCUAAUUCACAAAGCAAGUUUUUUUUAGAUUCUAUCAGAAUUUUUAAUCGCUCUUCUCUGUACAUUUGUGUGGAUAUCUGUCACUCAGGCUUGCAGCGAGUCAAACAAAGUUCGAUCAUGUCUCAUAGGCAGCACAAAUGUCCCCUCUCCUCCUGAGUAUCAUCAAUGAAUAUCUAGUUUGAUUUUUCCUUAUGCGCUAAUAAGAUAUGAUUUCUAGUUACCAUACCUAUCAUUUUGACAACAUACAAUAGCAGAAGGCACCUGAUUCGACAAUUGCAUUUCGAUGUGUGAAAAAGGUAGAUUAUCGAUUGUGAAAAAAUUCCUUUAGUAUUGGAAAAAUUCUGAGAUUGAUGAAGAAUACGAGCCCCUAUGGAAAUUAUCGUUUCGGAUAUCUACUUCAAUUCCUGAGUUCCCUGAGUCAAGGGAAAUGUUCAAUACUCUCAUUGCGGGAAAUAUGAAUAAACCGUAUAGACUGAAAUCUUGUUUUAGGGAUUUGCUUCUGAAAAUGGAAUGAACAUAACCUAGGUUUAUUAACUGACCCAGGUCUUGGACUAAAAAUGUCAAGAAAAGAUGAAAAAAAGAAUAAUUGAUUAGAUUUUAAGAAUGGGGAAAAAAGUGACGAAUGUAGGAUAAAGAAAAAAGUUUUUUACAACAGGCAAUAAUUCCAUGUAAAUAAAGCCUUGUCCUUUAAAAACUUUUUUUUCUUGUUUUUAUAUUUGAAAUUACUUUCUGUAAAUUUACUUAAGUUUUUUGCUCAGUUCUCGAUGUUAAUAAGAUUUCUUUAGUAUCUUUCAUCAAGGGCUGAAGUUUUAGGUAGGUAGUAUAUAAUUUUUGGCUAGCUUACUCCCUCUCCUUCCUCCACUGAGUCACAAUUUACAUUUCUAAUAUUGUACUCUUUGGAAUGAAUUUAGUUGAUGAUUUUUACUCUUAUAUUGUAAAGAUAAAAUGUUAAAUAAAACAAUAAAUUGUUGUUUGUUCUUUAAGGCAA